AUGACCUCCUAUUACUUAUUUCUCCACUCGCACGAAGCUCGGCAUGUGAAACCCCCGAAGCCUCCGCAAAUUGUUGGAUGGAAGUCGCCUCUUCGCACAUCUCUCGACUUCCUUCCUACAACCAUCCUGGAAAACAAUAUGCAUCGAUGCCAUUGCUCCACGCGAGCCCUCGAGACCUUCUUCAAAGACUUCGCCGGCCUCAGUCUCCGCCAGCAGCGAGCGCAGCGCUUCUUCCAACACUCUCGAAGUUUCGGCACGCGAUCUCCCCUCAGACAAGUACAAACCUCUGUCAACGGUGAAGAUGCGUUCAUACCUUUCGAUUUCGAGGCGGUGAGGCAGAAGAGAGAGGGGGUGAGGAGGGUUGAGGAGGAGGGGGAUGGGUUGGAGCGGGAGGUGGGGAGUGGAUGGGAAGAGGGGGGUGAGGAGUGGUGUGCUGAGGUUGAGAUUAUGGGUUCAGAUGCGCGGGGACAAGAGGGAGGGGGCAAGAGCGUUGAGUCGGUGUCGUUGCGAGCAUUGCAUACGGGAGAGGGACAGCGUGAAGCGUCAACUUCACCCGCCAUGGCUGUCCUCCAUCCACCUGCACUUUCGCAGCAUAUGCCCACAGCAAAUUCUAAGUCUGGAGAACUUGAUGCAAGUGCAAGGCCAGCAGAACCUCAGGUGUCGAAGCGCAUUUCGAGAAAACUUCGAAGGAUGGAACAAGGUACAUGGAGGCCAAACGCGCAGAAGAGAAUGGAGAUGGAGGAAGACGAGGCCGAGGUCGAUAAGGAAACUAGGGAUACAGAUGCCAUGGCGGAUGUCUUGGAAAAGAUCGAGGCGCUUGAGGGCCCAGCUGUGGAGAAGAAGGUGAAAAGAGGGCAGAAGAAGGGCAGCGAGAACGGUGACAGCACGAGAACAAGAAACCCCAAAGGCAAAGCCGGAGAAUCGCCCACAAAACUAGGAAAACUGAACCUGUCAUCCAAAACUCCAACUCCCACCACCCCGUCACACCCCCCAAAAGAACGCUGGCAAACCACCAAAGCCGCCCUGGUCAAAAAACUCUCCGGCCAACCCUGGUCCCCCAACAAACGCCUCUCCCCCGACACCCUCUCCGGAAUCCGGGCCUUACACGCCUCAGACCCGACGAUCUACAGCACCGCAACCCUCGCCUCGCACUUCCAGAUCACGCCGGAGGCGAUCCGCAGGAUUCUGAAGUCGAAGUGGCUGCCGAGCGCGGAGGAGGCGGUGAGGAGGUCGGAGCGGUGGGAGAAGAGGGGGUUGAGGAAGUGGGGGGAGAUGAGGGAGGUGGGGAUGAGGCCGCCGAGGAAGUGGAGGGUUUUGAUGGGAGAACAGGGGAGGAGAGGGGGGAUUGGGAAGGGGUGCGCUUGGGAGGAGGCGGUGGAGCAGGCGGGGAGGUUGCCGAUGGAGGGGAGUUUUGCGGAUAGGAUCUUGUAG